AACAUGACUGCCCAAGUUUGUGAUGAUGCUGCAUAUCGCCGGCGUAUGCCCUACAGGGUCCCGUGCUCAGUCGGGAAGCAGCACGGCCCCGGUGCGCCGCCCCGGCUGGCAGAGCCCCGUCCGUUCAUGCAUGACGGCCGAGUCUACUGCGGCACUAGCAGGGAUGCAGGCGUCGUGAGCUUGCAGCACGAGCAUGGGCACCCAGAAGUGUGUGGAUCUGACAAGGCCCCGCUCGCUCUCAUUGGACUUACACUUGCAGUUGUGUGUUUGUUCAGGUUUGUGCCGUUCCACAAACAUGGAUCCACAAACACACACACACAAACCUGCCCGCCUUGGUGCCCAGCGUCUUUCACCCCAGGCGAGCUUAGAACACGCCACGAUUCGUUUGGCAGCUGUGACCAGUACAGUAGUGACCGCAAUCAGUGUCCACAAAUAACUUAAUUGAGAUGAUUCCCGCACGGGCCAUAUUGACCCAGCUGUGGCUUAGGACUGUGCGCAAAAGGUUCAGUACUAUGUACCGUCUAUAAAAGCUCCACCUCCCCUCCAUUUCUGACUUCCCUUGACUUGGCUGAUGCCCCAGCGACCCUUUAUGUAUGGGCAGACAUAAACUGGCUAUUACGGUCUCAAUAAGCCACUGCACUAUGCAGGCAAAAGUAUACAGGCACCUCUAGGUUAGGUACCGGAGGCCUAUAAGGAUAUAUAAACCCUACCACUGGCCUUUCAAUGUUCUGCAUAAUGUUUGCCGCGUUAUAGUUUGCCAUCAUCUUACGAAGGACAUAACGAAGUUUGCCAACGAUUCGCGGUGGUCACUACUG